GACCACCUUGAUAACCGACAUACAUACUUCAAAGGUACACAUCCCGCUACAGAGAUUCUGAUUGGACGGACACAUUCCACCUGCAUCUUUGCUGAACGACCAGUCGAGAACCCUCACAGUCCUCGAGUCGACACGCAGGACACAAGAUGCCGCGGUAUUCCGCCGUCCCUACGGACGACCCCGAUCCCACCUCGCUGAAGACCUAUACUCGCAAGGUAGCCAAAUGGGUCUAUGUUUUCGACCUCCUCCGAGCUGGGGUCAUGCUCGGUCUGACCGGGUUAAAUAUCGAUGCUACGAUUAUUAGCAAGCUGAGGAUCGGGGUCGAGGGGAACGAGUCGGUGGUAGCGAGGUUGGGGAUCGCCAUGGUCGGCAAUAAGGCCGGGUUGAACCGUAUGCAAAAGGUCGAGUUGGGGGUGACCAUCUUUUAUGCAGCCAACCUCGUCCUCGCCAUCGCCAUCGCUGCCAUGCGUAAAGACUCGCCUCUCCGCCGUACCUUCCGGUUCACUUUCCACACCCUCAUGCUCAUCGCCUGGGCCAUCUAUUCGUACCGAGACCUCUACCCUCUGAUCACCUACUCGAAACACCCUCUCGACAGGGAAUUCUUACCACAACCCAUCGUCUGGAUUAGGUUCUCCUUGCUCACCAUCGUCGCUGUUGUCAUCCCCCUCGUACAACCGAGUCAAUAUCGACCGGUCGACCCGAUGCAUCCAAGCAGGGAACCUAAUCCGGAGCAGACGGCUAGCUUGCUCUCCUACGUUUUUUACCUGUUUAUGGACAAGAUCAUCCUCCAAGCUUGGAGGUCGAAUGCGAUCCCGUACGAAGAGCUACCUCCGUUACCGGAUUACGAUCGAGCGAGCUGGUUGGCCAAGAACAGCUUGUUGAAGCUUCAUCCGAUUAGGAGACAAGAACUAGGGCUGAAACCGAGGCAUUUGAUCGUCUGCCUCAUGUCCGUCUAUUGGAAGACUUAUAUCACGCUCGCCCUGAUGCUGCUCAUCAAGGCCGUCAUGGAGUUUGCGGCGCCGAUCGGGAUCAAUAGGUUGUUGACUUAUCUCCAGGAUGAAGAGAGUACGGGGGAUAUCCGACCUUGGUUCUGGAUCCUCUGGUUGUUCCUUGGGCCGGUGUUCUCGAGUUUGGCUUGGCAGCAGUACAUCUUCCUUACCACCCGGUCGCUCGUCCACGUCGAAUCCCUCUUCACGCAGUUAUUGUUCGGACACGCCUUGAGGAUCAAGAUGCAAGAUCCCGUGGAUCAAUCGUCCUCGAGCUCCAAGCUGCCGGUUCAGGGAGCUAAUACUCCGGCGGUGGUCGUCGAUGAUGCCCCGGGGAUGGCUGUUGGGACCGGUCCGAUCGUCAACAACGAGACGGCGGCUGUACAUGCGGUCACUGCUGAGAGUUCACAGGGUAGCGAGGGGGAAGAUGAAAGUGUCACCGUCGCCAGCAACAAGAAGGAAGGGAGCGUCGAUGGGUCCAACAAGGGUAAAGAGGCUGUUUCUUCGGAUGAUGGGGAACCGCAGACCGCCGGACUGGUCGGAAGGCUGACGACCCUGGCCAGUUCCGACUUGGAGAACAUCAUCGAGGGGAGGGACUUCUUGAUGGCGAUCCUCUACGCGCCCUUGCAGCUCGUCUUUGGUGCCGUGUUCUUGUACCAGAUCCUCUCCUGGUCGGCUCUCGUCGGGAUGGCCGUUACACUGCUCACUUUGCCCAUCCCCGGGUACCUGGCGAAACUCAUGAACAACACUCAACAGGACUUGAUGAAGGCUACCGACAGUCGGGUGCAGACCAUCACCGAGGCCGUGAAUACGCUCCGGAUGGUCAAGCUUUUCGCUUGGGAAGAAAAGAUUUCGGACAGGAUCUCGGAGAAACGGGCGGCCGAGAUGGCCAAAGUCCGACGAAAGGCGUUUGUCGACAAGGCGAUCGGGACGGUCAAUUUCGGAUUGCCGAUCUUGACCAUGAUCGCUUGUUAUGGACUUUACACGGGCGUACAGAAACGGACCUUGUCGGCUGCCCAGGUGUUUGGGUCGCUCUCGGUCUUUGACAUGAUCCGCGGUAGCAUGUACAACGUGACUGCUCAGAUACAGGCUACCAUCGCUGCCAAGGUUUCGAUCGGAAGGAUGAACCAUUUCCUGCGAUCGACCGAGAUGCUGGACGAGUACAAGGAUGAGAUUGUCAUCAGCUCCAAGUCUACCGAGGAGCAGGACAAGAUCUACUUCAAGAAUGCCGAAUUCUCCUGGAACAGUCCGGCCUCCAAGGCCGCUCGAGAUGGUAACGUGAGCAAGAACAAGGGAACCGCGACGAGCAAGCGCGAGUGGAAGCUCGUCAUCGACGACCUCGAAUUCCCCUUGGGCAAGACGACCGUGGUCGCGGGAAAGACCUCUUCGGGCAAGACGAGCUUGCUCAUGGCUCUCUUGGGCGAGAUGAAUUGGGCUCCUACCCGCUUGGACGCUUCGUUCAACUUGCCUCGGGCCGGUGGAGUCGCCUAUGCCGCUCAGGAAGCGUGGGUCAUGGCCAGUACCGUUAGGGAGAACAUCAUCUUUGGCGAGGCUUUCGAUGCGGAUAGGUACAAAAAGGUGUUGCAUGCGUGUGCUCUCGAAAAGGAUCUCGAGCUGUUUGACGCGGGUGACCAGACCGAGCUCGGUGAGAAGGGUCUUAAUGCUAGUGGCGGACAAAAGGCGAGGAUCAGUCUUGCUCGUGCGGUCUACUCGGAUGCCAACAUCCUCCUUCUCGAUUCGGUCCUGGAAGCCCUUGACGUGACGACCUCGCGAUGGAUCGUCGAAAAGCUCUUUGGUGGUGACCUUCUCAAAGGAAGGACUGUCAUCAUCGUAACUCACCACGUCGCUCUGCUCAGCCCCGUCAGUGAUCAUCUGGUCCAUUUACAAGUUGGAGGGACUAUCGAUCAUCAGGGCCCGAUCGACCAGAUGCAAGAACUCAUCGAGGAGGAGACCGCCGCCGAGACCGGGCCUGAACACGCCGAGGAACCCAUCUCUGAAGCCCACCCGAUCGAGAAACCCGCUGCGGUCGUUGUGGAUGCCGCUGCUGGCAAUGGCAACGAUGCCGAGGCGGGCAAGCUCGUCACGGUCGAAGAAAAGGGCGAAGGUCGAGUCUCACGAGCCGCUUUGAUCAGCUUCUUCAGGCUGGCGGGUGGUCCCAUCUACUGGUCCAUCUACUUUACGAUUAUCAUCCUCGGCGAGAUCCUCUACGCCGUUUGCAACUGGUGGCUCGGUGAAUGGUCGCGCGCCUACGACGAAGCGGACGACCCGCGCAAAGUGUCGCCAGUCUACUGGUUGGGCAUGUACGUCUUUCUCAUGUUGGUGCAGCUGGGUUGUUACAACACGAGUAGCAUCCAGUGGAUGUUUGGUGCCAUCAAAGCCUCGACGAUAUUGCACGCCAAUCUCGUUCGUCACAUUCUCAACGCGCCCAUGCGAUUCUUGGACAAGACGCCUACCGGACGUAUCCUCGGCCGUUUCACAAAGGACAUGAACUCGAUCGACUCUUCGGUCGUCGACCUGUUCCAAGGGCUGAGCGAGCUCACUAUCACGCUGGCGCUCAAAGCCAUCAUUCUGGUCUGGCUCGUACCCAUCUUUGGCCCGAUCGGUCUCGUCAUUGCCCUGCUCGGAUUCGGAUUGGCCGAGCUGUACAUUCACGGACAGCUCUCCGUCAAGCGUGAAAUGUCCAACGCCAAGACGCCUCUCUUCACGUCGUUCAACGCUGCCGUCAACGGUGUCAUCUCGAUCCGUGCUUAUGGUGCGCAAGAGUUCUUUGCUACCGAAUUGCGAAGUCGAUGCGAUCGGUACACGCGAUGCUGUGUCACCUAUUACAACUUGAAUCGAUGGAUUACUGUCCGCAUGGACGUCCUCGGAGGUCUAUUCAGCUCGGGUCUCGCCGCUCUCCUGGUCUACACCGGCAGUGGGAUAUUGCCAGCCUCGGAUGUCGGUUUCGCCCUGAACCAAGCCGUCAGCUUUAGCGCCAUCUUGCUCUAUUUCGUUCGGAUGGUCAAUCAGUUCGAAGUCCAAGCCAACGGAAUCGAGAGGAUCAACGAUUACCUGCAGAUCGAUCAAGAACCGGCUUCGACCGAGCAGGGUAAACCUCCCGCUUCAUGGCCCACGACCGGUGAUAUUCGGGUAGAGAACUUGAACGCUCGAUACUUUGAGGGGGGUCCUCUGGUUCUCAAAGACCUCUCGUUCGACGUCCCAGCCGGGUCUCGAAUUGGUAUCGUAGGGCGGACUGGUAGUGGCAAGUCUUCAUUGACACUGGCACUGUUGAGGAUGAUCCCCACGGAAGGUUCUAUCAGGAUCGCCGGGAUCGACUCGAAACACGUCAACUUGCAAUCCUUGCGAAAGAACGUCACGAUCAUCCCUCAAGAACCGGUGCUCUUGUCCGGAACUUUGAGAUUCAACCUGGACCCGUUUGACGAGCAUGACGAUCACGAGUUGAACGACGUCAUCAAGACUUCCGGGUUGGAGAUGGCUACCGGUGAAGUGGAUGACGAGUCUUCGACGUCCGCGUUGACUUUGGAUUCAAAGAUUGCGAGUGGAGGAUCCAACUUGAGUGCGGGACAAAGGCAACUGGUCGCAUUGGCUCGAGCCCUUGUCCGUGGCUCCAAGAUCUUGGUGCUUGACGAGGCUACCGCCUCGGUCGACCACGCUACCGAUGCUCUGGUACAGACAGCUAUCCGGAACCUCAAGGACGUCACGCUGCUCAUCGUCGCGCACAGGCUGACGACGAUCGGAGAUAGCGACAAGAUCCUCGUCCUUGGGGCGGGCCGGAUGCUGGAAUACGAUACUCCCAAGGCGCUAUUGCAGAACAAGCAGGGCCAUUACUGGGCUCUGUGUGAGGAUUCUCACGAAAAGGAGCAGCUGUACGCUCUGGCCGAUGGUGCUUCGAGGACGUAGUAUCGGAGAGGUCUAUGCAGUAUAUCUUCGAAGUGUGCACAUGUAUGGCUUUAGGUAGCGUCACGAGUCUGAUUGCAUGUUUAUAGACAUUUGAUUACUUCAAGUCACAAGCCACGUACCUGCAUCGUGAUCC